AUGCUCCAGUCUCUCUUGACGUUGGUCGCUGCGGGUCUUACGGCUGCCGUCGCGGCGCCGUCCGCGGUUCUUCCGAGCGCCUGCUACUCGCCCUUUCACCUCGAUGUGUACCCGCUCAACGACCCGAGUCUCUUCAACUACACCACGCUCAGCACCGGUAUGCACGACGACUUUGCGCUCAUGCAGCCGCUCGUCCACGCUGUGCGGACGUACUACUCGUCGUACUAUGGCGUCGACGUGACGCCGAUCGCCGCGGCCCACAACGUCUCGCUCUAUCUCGGUGUCUACAUGACGUCCGAGGCCUGGUACAGCCACCAAGUCGAGGCUGCGAUCGUGGGGGCCGUCAACUACCCGGCGACCGUCAAGGCGAUUCUUGUUGGCAAUGAAAACGUCGUGCCGUACGGUAACUACACCACGUCGUACAUCACGAGCCAGAUGCAGUACAUCAAGUCCGAGGUUGCCCGGCGCUCGAACGGGACCGUCAACGUCCAGGUCGGGACCGUCCAACGCGUCUCCGAGUGGCUCAACGCCGAUAUCCGAGCCAAUAUGGUGGCGCUGGCGAAUGCGUCGGACGUCAUCGGCGUCAACAUCUACCCGUUCUUCAGUAGCGGGUACGACGUCAACAAGCCGGUAGCGAUCCUCGACGCUCUCUGGAACGAGAUGCUCAAGGUGUACCCAGCAUCAAAGCUGCGGCUGACGGAGACGGGGUACGCCACGGCCGGCAACAACCUCACGACGGUGACGCCAACCGUGGUGCCCAGCCUCGCGAGCGCAAUGGGCUUCUACAACGGCCUCGUUCAGUGGUCGCCGGCGGCUGGCGGCGGCGAAGCGUUUUGGUUCACGUUCUUUGAUCUGCGCGCGGACGACAAGACGCAACUCGAGCCGUUUGAGACGGGCAGCCAAAAGCAGCCAAUUUUCCCGUCGCCGUAA